CCGCAGGACAGGCGGAGAAUGCGUGAGCGCGCUGCGAGGUCGUGAGCGCACAUAGCAGUUGCCGAAUGAGACACGCGUGCGCGCUAUUAUCGGAUCAUCUGAUUAUUAAUCGAGCGAUUGAGGGAUUGAUCGAUCGAUGAUGUCCGCGCUGGAGGAGUACGAGCGCGCGCCCAAGCGACUGAAGGUCUCGGCCGAGGAUGACGAGGAGCUCGAGGAAGGUGAGGAGUCAGAUUCAGCAUCCGCGGGGCUCGUGCACGAUGACGAGGAUGAAGAUGAAAACGAAGGGCAGAGCAGAGCGCGCAGGAAGGAUCACGUCUCUGACACGCAUCACAUAGCGCCGUCUCCUGUGGUUCACGUGCGUGGAUUGUGUGAGUCUGUGGUGGAGGCUGAUCUUGUGGAGGCCUUGGACAAGUUUGGGAACAUCUGUUAUGUCAUGAUGAUGCCGUUUAAGCGUCAGGCUCUGGUGGAGUUUGAGGAGGUGGAGUGCGCUGACCGCUGCGUGUCGUGUGGCUCUCGGGAGGCCGUGUACAUCGCCGGACAGCAGGCGUACUUCAACUACUCCACCAGCAAACGCAUCACCAGACCCACCAACGCCGACGACCCCAACAGCGGCAACAAAGUGCUGCUGCUCUCCAUCCAGAAUCCACUCUAUCCCAUCACUACGGAUGUCUUGUAUACGGUCUGUAAUCCGAUUGGUAAUGUGCAGCGGAUCGUCAUCUUCAAGAGGAACGGGAUUCAAGCCAUGGUGGAAUUUGAAUCCAUCCAGAACGCUCAGAAGGCCAAAUCCGCUCUGAACGGGGCCGACAUCUACGCCGGCUGCUGCACGCUGAAAAUCGAAUACGCUCGGCCGUCACGCUUAAAUGUCAUGAGAAACGACAACGACAGCUGGGAUUACACCAAACCCUUCCUGCUGAGACGAGAUCGUGGUAAAGGUCGUCAGAGACAGGCCAUACUGGGAGAGCAUCCGUCCUCUUACUCUGAUAAUGGAUACGGGUCUCACUGCCCCCUGCUGCCUCUGCCGGGUAAUAACCGCUUCAAACGCUCCUCUCAUGACAUCCAUGAGGUGGUGACCUAUCCACUGCCACAGAGCUCAUCCUACAUGAGCCAAGCCUCCAGCUCUGUCGCCAUGGUGAGCGGCCUCCAUCCCUCCAAGAUGAACUGUGCACACAUCUUCAACCUCUUCUGUCUCUAUGGCAACAUUGAGAAGGUGAAGUUUAUGAAGAGUGUUCCUGGCACAGCUCUGGUGGAGAUGGGUGAUGAAUAUGCAGUUGACAGAGCGAUUACACACCUCAACAGCAUCAAAGUGUUCAGCAAACGACUCAACGUCUGUGUGUCGAAGCAGCACGCUGUGAUCCCCAGUCAGGUGUUUGAGUUAGAGGACGGCUCCUGCAGCUACAAGGACUUCGCCAUGACCCGUAACAACCGCUUCACCAGCGCCGGUCAGGCCUCUAAAAACAUCAUCCAGCCUCCGUCCUGCGUCCUGCACUUCUACAACGUCCCUCCGUGUGUCAGCGAGGACGAUCUUCAGCUGUUAUGCACCCAACACGACGUCCCAGGGUUCAUCAAAUACAAAGUGUUCGAUGCCAAGCCCAGUUCAAAAACCAUCUCUGGACUUCUGGAGUUCGACAGCAAGACUCGCGCUGUGGAAGUUCUGACGGUUCUCAAUCACUUUCAGAUCCGAAUACCCAACGGUUCAAACCCGUACACGCUGAAGCUCUGUUUCUCCACCUCUUCACAUCUCUGAGACCUCUGCCAGCAUCACGUCAUCCUCUCCUGGACUCUCUGGUCUCCUCCAUGUUUCUUUCAGCACACCACAAGAGGAAAACUGACAGACUGGCCCUCUGGAUACAGACAUCAUGAUGUCACACCAAUCAACGGCACGGAUGCUAUUUUUCUGCUGCCUGACAUCCAGAAACAGACUAUAACUGAAUGAACGAAUGAAAUCCCAUCAUGAGAUGAAACUGAAUCAACACGUGAGGGCGAGAGACUACAUGUUUAUAGCGUGUCGUUCAGAUAUUUAUGUGUACAGCACCUGGUUUGAGUUCAUGGAAGCACUUGACUAGUCACAUGACCUGUAGUUGAGAUGAUUGAAGUGUUUUGUGAUUGAUGAAAUAAGACAGAUCAGAUUUACUUGGCUGUUAUGUAAAGGGACAGUUCAGUCAAAAACGAAAAAAUCUGUCAUCAUUUACACCACUGAGAGUGUUUCACGCCUGUAUAAAUGAGUUUGUUCCAGUGAACACAGAGUAAGAUAUUUGUAAGAAUGUUAGCAAUUUUCAGUUCUGGGACAUCGUCCACUACCAUAGGAGGAAAGAAAUGUUGUCUUUUUUUGUUCUGUUGAACACAUCAUGAGAUAUAUUGGAGAAUUUAGGAAAACAAAGAGUUCUGAGAGACUUUUGACUAACAUUUUACUCUUCCCAUGGUAGUUAAUGAUGUCCCGGAAAAUGAUUAACAUUCUUCCAAAUAUCUUUCUUUGUGUUCAUCAGAACAAAGUCAUUUAUACAGGUCUGGAGUUACUAGAGUGUUAUUAAAUGAUGACUGGAUUUACAUUUUUGGGUGAACUAUCCAUUUUAUGUGAGGGAUUAUGUACAGGCAGCCAGUUGUUAUCGCAGAAAUAAUCACCGAUAGUGUGAUGGACAUGAAGCGCAGGGCCUUGUGUCUCUCUGAAGGGGCUUAAUUCAUGAUAACACUCAGCUGCUUGUACAUUAUCCCACUUAUUACACGGCUUCUUGCCACAUGAGAAAAAAACUGGACGUGAAAUAUGAAUUUGAAAUAUUUGAUUAGCUCAUUUUUAUUGAAUGCAGACCUUCUGUGAGGAAAAGCCGUUUAGUUUCAGUUUUAUAGUAAGAAAUGAUGCCCAAACGUCACAAACAGGCAAAUUGUUUCAUCAUUUGUAAAUACAAUGUCAUAUAUGUUAUUAAAAGACAUAUUUAUAACACAUGUUUGUAUAAUAUUAAACUGCCCCUCUCAAAAUGA